UCGAUCCGUAACAUUUCUACAAGUAACAACAAAAAUAUGUCUCGGCCGGAAAAGGAUAAUAGAAGAUGAAAGUCCUAAACCCGUAACGACGUCGUUCUACUGCGAUCGAAGUUAAACCCCUUCUACUUCUCGCCUCUCAAGACUGCAAUCACAGAACCGAUUCCGAUCAAAUGCACGACCACAUAAUCUGAGAAUCGCCUGAACAAUCAGAGCCUCAUUUCAACUUCAUCUCGUCCGAAUUUCAACUUAAAUUCAUCAAAUUCGACACCAGCAAGACACAAUUUAGUAACAGAAAUCAAAAUGAAAACACACACACAAUCCUUCAUACUGCUCGUGUGUUGUUCGAUCUUAGUUCUCAGAUCGGCCGUUGUUGUAUCGGAAAACAUUCUCGGAGUUGCUCCGAAAGAUGAGGAGUACUACAAGGUUUUAUCUUCUUCAGGAACGAUUAAGUGCAGAGAUGGAUCUAAUUCGUUCACAAAGGCACAGCUUAAUGAUGACUUUUGUGAUUGUACCGAUGGGACUGAUGAGCCAGGAACGUCAGCGUGUCCAUCUGGGAAGUUUUAUUGCCGAAAUGCGGGGCAUAGUCCGCUUUCGAUAUAUUCUUCUAGGGUUAAUGAUGGGAUUUGUGAUUGCUGUGACGGAAGUGAUGAAUACGAUGGUAAAGUUAAAUGCAAAAAUACCUGUUGGGAAGCUGGGAAGGUAGCACGAGAUAGAUUAAGGAAAAAGAUCGCAACAUUUCGGGAAGGCCUCACAACAAGAAAGCAUGAAGUUGAAAAAGCAAAACUUUCAGCAGCGAAGGAUGAGGAAGAGUUAUCUAGGUUAAAGAAUGAGGAAAACAUACUUAAGGGGCUUGUGCAGCAGCUUAAGGAGCGUAAGGAACAAAUAGAAAAGGCAGAGGAGAAAGAACGCAUCGAAAGAGAAAAUGAGGAAAAGAAGAAAAAGGAAGCUGAAGAAGCAAAGUUAAAGGAACAAAAAAGUGAAGAAAAAGUGAAUGUUGCGGAACAAGAAUCGGUAGGAAGUAAAUCUGAUGAUGAAGCAGGGGCUCAUGAUCACUUGCCUUCAGAUGAGGUAGGGGAUCUAAACAAGGCCCCUACUGAUACCGAGGCUGUAGUGGCUCACAAUGAUGAUGAGAGGGAUGCGUCUAUUGACAAUAUCAAGGAGGAGCAUGCUGAAGAGAACGACGAACCAUCUAAAGUUGCACAUGAACAUGAUCCCGAGGAAUCAUCUAACGCUUCACAUGAACAUGAUCAUUCUCAGGCGCCUGGAAGUAAGGAAGAAGAUGCAUCUGAAGAUACCGAUUCAUUAUCAAGGGAAGAGUUAGGUCGUGUGAUUGGUGAGCGUUGGACAGGGAAAAAAACCGAGGAACAACAUGAAGAUGCAGGCACUGCUAGGCAUAAUGAUAAUGGUGAUGAUGACAAUGAUGAUGAUAAUGAAUAUGAUGAUACAUCUGAUAACGGACAUGAUGAGGAGUACGGUGGUUAUGAUACGGAAACCGAGGAAGACCAUCAUAAAUACGAGGAUGAUGAUCACGUGAAUAACGUUGGAGAUGACCAUUCCAGUGAUUCCCACAAAUACAAGUCAGAUGACGAAAUUGACAUGUCAGAUAUGGAAAGCACAAGCAAUCCGUCAUGGCUGGAGAAGAUCCAACAAACUGUGCGGAAGUUUUUAGACGCUGUUAACCCGUUUCAGACUCCAGUGGAUACAUCUGAAUCUGAAAAUGUGCGAAAAGAAUAUGAUGAUGCCAGUGGGAAGCUGUCUAAAAUACAAUCAAGAAUAUCAAGUUUAACUAAAAAGCUAGGACACGACUUUGGCCCAGAGAAGGAGUUCUACUCACUAUACGGUCAAUGUUUUGAGAUAAAAGAAAACAAGUAUGUUUACAAAGUAUGUCCAUUUAAGGAAGCCACUCAAGAGGAGGGCCACAGCACAACUCGUUUGGGGCAAUGGGAUAAAUUUGAUGAGUCACACAGAGUCAUGGUCUUUUCAAAUGGAGACAAAUGUUGGAAUGGGCCUCAAAGAAGCUUAACGGUGAGAUUAAGAUGUGGAUCAAAAGUUGAACUUGCUGAUAUAGAUGAACCAAGCCGUUGCGAAUACUCAGCAUUGUUAACUACUCCAUCCCUAUGCCAGGAAGGAAGACUCAAGGAACUAGAAGAUAAACUAGAAGCGGUGAACAAGGAUCAACCUCAAGGUCAUGAUGAGCUUUGAAUAGGUUAACAAUCUUAUAGAUCGAAGGUGACCCGACCCCUGUCCUUUUUUCCAUUUUUGUACUGAACUUGCUAAAUAGGAUAAAUACAACACUUCCAUGAAAUGUGGAGCCGAGAGUUGAGACUAGAGAAACCAUUCUUAUAGUAACUUGUACUUGAUGCAUUGAUAGUUGAACUUCGGCGUCUGUGUUAGGGGGACCGUGAAUUCAUUCUUUUGUAAUCGAGUUGAAAAAACGCUCCUAUGAUGUUGCUUUUUGUCUACAUGACAAUUUGCAUAUUGAAUCCCCGGCAUUCUGUUGAAGUUCAACUUUAUACUU